AUGUUAUGUGUCUUAUUUGUUUAUUUUUGCAUUGCAGUGAAUGAUCUAGGAGGGGACUUCAUGGGAGUUGGUAAAGGCUCCUUAGCUGCUGAUAAGGUUGUUGAAGAAAUAAGAAGGAAAGGCGGAAGAGCAGUGGCCAACUAUGAUUCAGUGGAAGCAGGAGAGAAGGUUGUGAAGACAGCACUGGAUGCUUUUGGAAGAAUAGAUGUUGUGAUCAACAAUGCUGGAAUUUUGAGGGACCGUUCCUUUGGUAGAAUAAGUGAUGAAGACUGGGAUAUCAUCCAGAGAGUUCAUUUGCGGGGCUCAUUCCUGGUGACCCGGGCAGCGUGGGAUCACAUGAAGAAACAGAAAUUUGGAAGGAUCAUCAUGACUUCAUCGGCUUCAGGAAUAUAUGGCAACUUUGGCCAGGCAAAUUAUUGUGCUGCAAAGCUGGGUCUUCUGGGCCUUUCAAAUUGUCUUGCAGUUGAAGGCGAGAAAAGCAACAUUCAUUGUAACACUAUUGCCCCUACUGCUGGAUCACGGUUGACCCAGAACAUUUUGCCUGAUGAUCUUCUGGAAGCUCUGAAGCCAGAUUACGUGGCACCCCUGGUCCUUUGGCUUUGCCAUGAGAGUUGUGAGGAAAAUGGUGGCUUGUUUGAGGUUGGAGCAGGAUGGAUUGGAAAAUUACGAUGGGAGCGGACCCUUGGAGCCAUUGUAAGACAGAGGACUCAGCCAAUGACUCCUGAGGCGGUGAAGGCUAACUGGACGAAGAUCUGUGACUUUGAUAAUGCCACCAAGCCUCAGAGAAUUCAAGAAUCAGUUGGCGGUAUAAUUGAAGCUCUAAAUAAAAUAGAUUCAGAUGGAGGAGUUUCGGCAAAUCAUACCAGUAAUGUGACAUCAACAGCUACAUCAGGAUUUGCUGGAGCUAUUGGCCAUAAACUUCCUCCAUUUUCUUCUUCUUAUACGGAACUGGACACUAUUAUGUAUGCCCUUGGAGUGGGAGCAUCUAUCAAGGAACCGAAAGAUUUGAAAUUUAUUUAUGAAGGGAGUUCUGAUUUCUCCUGUUUGCCUACCUUCGGAGUUAUUCUGGCUCAGAAAUCUAUAAUGGGUGGAGGAUUAGCAGAGAUUCCUGGGCUCUCAGUCAACUUGGCAAAGAGUAAGUAA